GCGGGUCCGGGCCGCCCUCUUUGCCCCCGAGCUCGAUGCCGCAGGGCCUCCCGUCCCCUCCCCGCCUCGGGCCGACCCUCGGCUCCACGGUGGACCCGCUGGCGCAGGGACAAAGGCACCGUCCGCGGGCCCUCCCGAGGGAGGCGGGGAGCCCGGCCGCGGACUUGACACUUGGCGGUGACAGGCGCGGGGAGAGGCGGGCCGCGCCGGGCGGCCCGGGCAGUCCCGCUGCCCGGGCAGGCGCCGGGCGGGUCUGCGGGCUGGCCCAAGGGCACGGGCGCCCGGCGGGAAAAGGAGAAGGGUUUGCUUGCCGUGCUGGGGUUAAACGGAAAGCGAGCGCGCUUCGGUGUAAUAGUAACAACAGCAAGAAGAGCGUACACCCAUCCCGGAGUAUUUCACGGGCUAUAUGUGUCUAGGAGACGAGCAAAAGCAGCCCCAGCCGCCUCUUUAGAUCUAAUAAUAGGCAGUGUCGGUUCGCUCCCUCUGAGUAGCGUUAUGCCGUGGUCUGGAAUAGAAAGUGAUGAGAUUUAGUAGUUUAAGAAAAGCUUAAGAUUAUGAAAUUACGGUUACGUAUUUUCUCAAGGUCUGGAGCAGAACCAAGUCUUCACAAGAAUUUUUUGCCAAUCACCUAUGAAGCUCCUGAUUUUGACGUUGCACUUCUGCAAUGAAGAAAAGGAGACGGCUCGCUGCAAAUCUAAAUGAAAAGGUUCAUCUUGGCCAUGAGAAAGAUACUUCAGAACAGAUUCUUGUAGUAGACUGUGCACAAGAAAUCGUCUCAAAGCCUGCACAAAUAGCUCCUGCAGAUCAGCUUGAAUCUUCCCAAGAACUUUCACCAUCAUCAGAACAAAGAAAGCUCCUAAGCUCAUUGCAGUAUAACAAAAAUCUACUUAAAUACUUAAAUGACGAUAGACAGAAACAUCCAUCAUUUUGUGAUUUACUUAUAAUUGUAGAAGGAAAAGAAUUUAGUGCUCACAAAGUUGUAGUGGCUGUUGGGAGUAGUUAUUUUCAUGCCUGUUUGAGCAAAAAUCCAAGCACCGAUGUUGUCACGUUAGAUCAUGUAACUCAUUCUGUCUUUCAGCAUUUGCUUGAGUUUCUCUACACCUCUGAGUUUUUUGUAUAUAAAAAUGAAAUUCCGUUAGUGCUGGAAGCAGCAAAAUUUUUAGAUAUCAUAGAUGCAGUGAAGUUGCUAAACAAUGAAAGUGUUUCUAACGUACAGACUGAUGUGGUAACUGAUGCACCUACACCAGUAGAAACACUCAAUGAACUGACAGGUAAACUAUUAAAUAGUCAUCAGUGCACUUUUUGUGGUCGAAGUUUCUGUUACAAGAAGUCCUUAGAAAAUCAUUUGGCUAAAGCCCACAGAUCCCUUUCACUGGAUAGAAAACAUGGGUUAAAAAUGGUUGAGAAGGCCAACUUUUCCACUAGACGUUCUACAAGAAACCGUAAAUGUCCAGCUAAAUUCGAUAACAGUGACAAUGAAAGUGGGGAUGCGUCUGACAGCAAUUUGGAAAAAGUCAGUUCUGACAAGGAAACAUCUGAUAGAAGUGAAUUUGAAGACAGUGAAAGUGAAUGCGAUGCUGAUGAAGAGGGACAGGAAGAGGAAAUGUCAGCUGAAGAUUCAGAGUCCGAAGAACAAAGUGAAAAAGAACAGAAUGAUACUGAAGAGGGUUCUGAGGCAGUUGAUGCAGUGGGAAAUAUUCCUGAAGGCUUAGCUCCAGUCAUCAUUCAAAGCAGUAGCAAAAAACUACUGCAGUGUCCCAAGUGUGACAAAAAAUUUGAUCGAAUAGGCAAAUAUGAGAGCCAUACACGUGUACACACGGGUGAGAAGCCCUUUGAGUGUGAUAUAUGUCAUCAGCGCUAUUCAACGAAGUCCAACCUGACAGUGCACAGAAAAAAACACUCUAGUGAUACUGACUUUCAUAAAAAGGAACACAAAUGUCCCUACUGCAAUAAGCUGCAUGCAAGCAAAAAGACUUUAGCAAAGCAUGUGAAGAGGUUUCAUCCAGAGAAUGUACAAGAAUUUCUUUCUGUCAAGAAGACAAAGAGUGAAGGUUGGAAAUGUGAUAUUUGUAAGAAAUCUUUCACUCGAAGACCUCAUUUAGAAGAGCAUAUGAUCCUUCACUCUCAGGAUAAACCCUUUAAGUGUACCUACUGUGAAGAGCACUUUAAAUCCCGAUUUGCAAGACUGAAGCAUCAAGAAAAAUUCCAUCUCGGGCCUUUUCCUUGUGAUAUUUGUGGCCGCCAGUUUAAUGAUACAGGAAAUCUGAAACGCCAUAUAGAAUGUACUCAUGGAGGAAAGAGAAAAUGGACGUGUUUCAUCUGUGGAAAAUCCGUUAGGGAACGAACAACUUUGAAAGAACAUCUGAGAAUUCACAGUGGAGAGAAGCCUCAUCUUUGCAGUAUUUGUGGGCAGAGUUUUCGUCAUGGAAGCUCUUACAGACUUCAUCUAAGAGUCCACCAUGAUGACAAGAGAUAUGAAUGUGAAGAAUGUGGGAAAACAUUUAUUCGGCAUGACCAUCUGACAAAACACAAAAAAAUACACUCAGGUGAAAAAGCACAUCAGUGUGAAGAAUGUGGAAAAUGUUUUGGCCGUAGAGAUCACCUUACUGUUCAUUAUAAAAGUGUUCAUCUAGGAGAAAAAGUUUGGCAGAAAUAUAAAGCAACAUUUCACCAGUGUGAAGUCUGUAAGAAAGUUUUUAAAGGGAAAUCAAGUUUGGAAAUGCAUUUUAGGACACAUUCAGGUGAGAAACCCUACAAAUGUCAAAUCUGUAAUCAGUCUUUUAGAAUUAAGAAGACGUUAACAAAACACAUGGUUAUUCAUUCAGAUGCUCGACCUUUUAAUUGCCAACACUGCAAUGCAACAUUUAAACGAAAAGACAAACUGAAGUAUCAUAUCGAUCAUGUUCAUGGAUCAAAGGCUGCAGAAGAGGCAUUGACAUCAUCUUCAGAGGAAAAGCUACUCUCCUUACCAGUGCAGUACACCUCUGAUGACAAAGUUUACCAAACUGAGGCUAAACAAUAUGUGGAACAGCCCAAAGCAUAUCAAUCAGAAGCCAAAACUUUGCUACAGAAUGUAUCUACAGAAGUAUGUGUGCCUGUGACGCUGGUACCAGUUCAGAUGUCUGAUCCACAAGCUGAUCUAGUACAGCAUACUACUCAGUCACAUGGCAUUCUUCCUCCACAACCCGAGCAGACAGAUUAUCAACGAGCAACAGAUUUAUCAUUUCUAGAGAAAUACACUCUUACUCCACAACCUGCAAAUAUUGUUCAUCCUGUAAGGCCUGAGCAGAUGUUGGAUCCUAGAGACCAGUCAUAUCUUGGAACUUUACUGGGGCUAGAUACAGCUCCUACUGUACAAAAUAUUUCAAACAAUGAACAUUCAUGAUCAGACCAUAACAUUCCACCUAAUUUACUAAGCCAUUAGCCAACAGAAGGCUGAUAUGGCAAUUAAGAUUUAUAUUUUAUAUUUUAUUUGGACUCAUGAGUCUUCUGCAUAGUUUUGGAAAAACAGGUUUGUUUACAUAAUAUUUGAACAUUUAGGCACAUUUUGAUGCAUACUGAAAGAGUGUAUCUUGUGAUUUUAAGAGUUUUUAAAAAUCUUAUAGAUGGUCUUUUAAAAAUUAUGCUCUGAAAUACCUUUUAAGGAUAGUGGCUGAAAAAUGUAAUUACAUAUCUGGCUGUUAAUUUAAAAAAAUUGUUUGCCUUUCUGCAUCUCACUGAGUCAAUGUUUUAAGUGUAAUAGAAAGCAUUCUGAAAGAAUAAGGACUAUAUCAAAUUAACUAGAAGUUGUAAGGGCAGGCAGGGAUAUAAAACACAAACUUUGAAUUAUGUUUCACAGAGAAAUUAAAAUAUAAUUUUACUUGAACCCUCAGGCAUUUUUGGAGGGUUUUAAAGUCUGCUGGAUUCUGGAACCUAGCCAAUGGACAUAGGAACUAGAUGCUUCUGAAAAGUGAUUCAGGUAUUUUAUGAAGACACUAAACAGGGUGUUUGGUGACCCCCCUGAGUAUAAUUAGGCUGCCUAAAUUUGGCCGCUUAAUUCUUCCUUGAUCUCUAAUAUUGAAUUAUGUGGGAAGAUCUAGACAAUGGUAUUGUCUAAUUUCUACAGUUAGUACUAUAUAAUUUUAAUAUGCAUUUUUUCUUGCUUUGUCAGUCUUGUUUGUCUUCUAAAGUGUGCCCGACACUCUUAACUUUGAAAGAACUGGGAGUAUUUGCAAGGUCAUUUUAAUCUAUGAACAGUCAUAAAGGAUUGGCAUGGUUUAUCCUUGUUAGAGCAUAAGUUAUACCAGGGUCCCACAUUAGCAUGCCCAUUUUCAAGUAAUCUGUGAUAGAGGAGAAAUUUAAAGGCUAUUAUUUCCAGAACAGUACUCAACUUCUAUUUAAAAAAAAGAAAUAAUCAGUAAUUAUAAAUCUCUUGUGAGUUGCUAAUGAAAUUUUGUUUCUCACUUUCUUGUACUGUGUUUAUAAAACAAAGUCAAACUCUUGAGAGUAUUUUAUGUCUUUAAUUAUUUUUAUCUUUUUCUUUACUAGACAUAAGGGUUUUUUCCAAAAGAACCAUUUUGAAAUACAAGUCUAGUGUAAUUCACCAUGAAAUCUAGUAUAAUUUAACCUCAUCAAGCUUUCUAUUUUAAGCCUACUUUAAAAAUAAUUAGUCUGUGUUUGUUUGGUAAAUAUUAUGCCAAAGGAAGUAUCUGAAGUAAUUUUAUAAUCUUCAUUAUUCCUCACAAGAAUUGCAUAUUAAGGCAAAAUUUUCCCUAGUUUUCCCUAUCCUUAAAUUAUUAUCUUAAAAGAAACUUUAAAAUGGGAAACUGGACCUAUGUGUAUUAUUGUAACUGUUAAAUUUAUCAAAUGACCUGAGCACAAGUGAUCUGUGGUGAAAAGCUCUUUUAUCAUCACAGUUCUAUAAACUCUAAGUGGCAUGGAUCAUUUUAAAUCCUAUUCAAAUACUUCAGUGUUAGAUUCUGUUAAUCCCCAUCUACUAAGUGUUGAGCAGUUUGCAGGAGAGGGGCCAGAGCUGCCUGAAUGUUCAUAUUUUGAAGCUUGUACCCCAAUGGAUUCUUAACCUAAACACACCAAAGAUUUCUGUUAGCUCUUAAAUAGUGGCAGAAUUAUAGAAUUUUAAGUGUUAUCAAUAUUUAAAUAGGACUUAGCCAAAGAAGCACAAUAGAAGUCCUAAACUUUAAAAGUUCAGUUUCUAAAACAGGACUACAUAUGUUUAACUGUUCUAUGUUUGUAUCUCUAAAGUAAAAUUUAGAGCUGUGCUCUGGGAAUGUUCAGACUGACAUGCUGUAAAUAUAUCUGGUAAGAAGAUGAAUGCUAGCAAAUAUACAGCAAUAAUGAGGCCAUUGAAUGCCACCUUCUGAAAGGACACUAUCAAGUACUACCCUUCCUGCUUUCUAACUCCACCUUCAUCUCCUUUCAAAAUGAAACUGUUUCUGUCAUCUUUACACUCCAUGGCUUGAAAACAGCUGUUUUAUGUGUAGUUUCCAAGUCGACAUGUAUGUAUCUCAUUACUGCAUGUGGACAUGAAACAUGACUUCCAGCAGUUGUAAUUGUACUGUUAAAAAUAACCCGACAUCAAUAGUGUCAGUGCAGUUCUCAGACUAAGAAGGCUAACUCCUUGUUAUUUCUUUUCUGGCCUACAGUAGAAAAAAAAGUAUUGUGAGAUUUUGACAAAGCAGUGGCUUAAAAAUAGUUGGUAACUAAUUUUUUCUUUCAAAAUCCAGUCUGUUUGGAAGGCACUCUAGGAAAAUACUAAAAUGGAAUUUGGAGCAUAUUUACUUGAUAAUGUCCUUUUUAAAAUUCUUUCAUGAUUGUGCCUUUUAUAUAUAAUCUGAAUAAUGGCUUUUUCUCUAGUUCAGUUGGUUAUUCAGAAAACAUUAAGGUCAAUAUCUUCCAAAGGGCUUCAUGUUUUUGGGUGCCCAACGAGAAGCAGACUAUAUAAGGACUUGUUUUUCAGAAAAACGAGUGUUAUCUUUGCUGUUUGGGUGACCAGAAUUACUAGUCAUUCCUGGAAAAAAUGACCUACUAGUUCUUUGGUGUUCUUUUUUUGCAGAUAACCCUGCUAGUUAGUGUUUUUACCUGCUGGUCAGGCUGGAUCAUUGCCAGUUGACAGUGACAGAAAAUAGGAAAGCUUAUGUGCUAGAUACAUAGUUUUUAUUUUUUUACUAUCAUGAGCUACAAUUCUUACGGCUUUACAUCUAUUGAAAAUUCAUAUAUAAGCAAAGUAAUUUUUCAUGGACUGGUACUUCGUUUGGUAGGUGGAAGUAGCUGGUCUCUGCUUGAUGGAGGACAGUGCCUCUUAAGAGGACUGGAGUUGAAGGACAGAGAUCUGCGCCUCACAGCUGUGUGGGUUGAAACUCCUUGGGUGUCUGGUACCGCCAUUUUAAUAUGUAUAUGUACUCAUCCCAGAGUGCACAUCCUGUUGAUUUGGAGGGCGCUUUUACAAUAAGGCUAUGUUUUAUCUGGCAGUCAUUGACUCAGUUGACCAUUUGUUGCCAAAGAAGGAAGAAGCAGGUCUCUCUUAAAAAUAUCUCUAAAGAAUAAUCAGUGGCACAUUGCAAAAAGUUGGUCUUUUCCACAUGCUGACCUUUGGGGAGAAGAGUGGAGUCCAUGUUGGUACUCUAAACUGCUACAUGGUUCUGAGAACUUACUGCACUUGUUCUGUUUAAACAUUGAAUUCUGUAUUUUUUGCUAAACAAAUUUCGGGUUGUUGGCUGGGUUACUGCCCUUAAUUCUUUAAGUGGCUUUUAUGUUCAGUUUAUUUAUUUAUAUUGGAAUUUCCUCUUUGAGCACUGACACUUUUCCUACAGAGGUAUGGCUUUCAUGGGUUCUUUUUAUGCUGAACAUCAGUAAUUGUAAUGGUGAUGAUACAUCUUCUGUAAGGCUGUGGUUUCCUUAAAAAUAUAGUGCUACUUUAGUCUGGAUUAUAAUUCAGGUAGUUAUUUUUAAAGAUGGAUCAUGGCAGAACACAAUGACAAAAGAUUUAUUUGGUAUCAUCAAAGAGCUAAGCUUAUUUCCCUAGUAAUGAAUGUGAAAGAGCAUCCAGAACUCUGAAGAAUGCUUCAAAGGAAUCACCUCCUAAUGUGCUUGAUCGAACAUGAAAUGUGUUACGGAGUGUUAAGGAAUAAAGGACCCUCAAGUUUUUAAAUUUAAAAUAAUUUCAGGGUAGAAGUUCAUGAAUGUAGAAUUCUGAGAAGGCUGUUGUAGAUGAAUAAGCUUUUUUUCCCUGAAAACAAUAAAAAAGAUGUGAAAUUUUUCUGUAUUGAGCAUACAUGCAUAAUUGAUCCAGAUUGCAUGUUCUCCGUAUGACUGAAGCUUAAGGGAAAUAGAGUGCGUUUUUCUGUAAGUCCUUGUGACUACUGUCACGUCAUCCUUUUCUACAAUAUCGUCUCACAGUGAUUUGGUGGUUUCAUGGUAUGUAUUGAAGAAUGACAAUGGCAGAAUGUAAUACAGGGCAGUCACUUUGCUUAAGCCCAUAAAGAUCUUUUUCAUGGUUCAUAGGAAAUGUUUUGGUUUAAAAAGAUUUGAUGGAUUAAAGGUAGCAAAGGCAAAAUUUUUUGAAUCCCCCGUAACCAUUUUGAUCAUGUUUAAAUGUUGGUCCUUUUAUAUGAAAGAAUAAGGUGAAAUAAACUCAAUAUUUUGUCACUGGUAUAUGAGAUAAUGUGUUUUAAAUGUGAUCUGUAUAGCUUGAUAUUUUAGAUGGAAGUCUAAAGUUGUCUUUUUAGGGGAAAUUCUUUGCUGUAAGGAAAAGUUAGGAAGUGUACUGUAAAUGUAGAAGUACUCAGUCCUAUGUGUAAUUUUGUUUGUUAUUGAAAAGUAAAGUUCUUUUGUCUUAACACUGCUUGCUUCACAGGAUUUCUUGCAAAGGUGCUUGUGCUAAGUUUUGAUUUCUGCCUUUUUUUUUUUUUUUUUAAACAGCAUGGAAACACAGUAUUCUGUAUGUCUUUCAGUUUUAAAGCUCAAGAAAGAAACAGAUGAGGCAAAUUUUUUCAUCAAAUUUGUGUGUGUGUCAUCCUACAUUUUAUUUUAAAAUAUUUUGUAAAUUAAAUUUAUUUAGAAAAAUA